AUGCUCCUCCGUGAUGACUUCUUCGUGGCACCAGGCCAAUCUGAGAAUUUCCACGUUUUCGGCUUUCCGAAUGCCCAAAGUAAGCCCUGCCAGAAACGCCACCGUCUGGCUGACUUAGUCGCUAGGUGGUUCCCUGAUCCACAUAGGUCAGCGAUUGCCUGUGGUGAAAGCAUGGCAGACCCUGGCAAGACUUUAAAAAUCACACCUCUGGCGUCGAAUGUCAUCAAUGCCAGUGUCAGAUUGCGCGGCAUCAUGGUGGAAUCAAAAGCGCGUCAGCGACUUGCCAUGGAGGUUGUCACACACUCUGCACCUUUAACACCAGGACGAUCAACGCCGAUCUUCACGCUAAUCGUGAAGCUGCAGGGCGCCUAA